UUCAACCCAAAUCACCAUGUUGAAUUGGUUAAAGCGUCACUCAUGCGUACGUUACAUGGAUGGACAAGCGUCAACGCAUGAUCGAACGGGCUGGCAAGACAGACACAAAACACGAUAUGCGCUUAAAUUCACACCAUUCCUGCCAACGGCUCGGCCCGUCACCCCACGCAUAUACCGAUACUCUCAUCAAUCACAGGAUGCGCCUGUCGCUGAGCAGGCUCUUGAUGUAGUAGACCUGGAAGGCUGAGACGCCCAUCAGCACGAUGAACUGGACGGCUGCAAACCAGAGGACCCUCUGCUUGGUGCCCUCGACGGCCUUCAUGUGAGACCGCUGGCGCACCCACAGGUAGGUCGACUCGGCCUGGAUGUCCCGCAGCUGCCGGUCGAUGGUCGACAGGUGGUCCUCCAUCGGAUUCAGGUGCGUCGGCUGCAAGGCCGUGUCGUUGCCCAUCCCCACUGCAAACGUGACCAGCUUCGACUCGACCCAGCGGUGGUUGGACACGAUGAACGAAUAGACACCUGCAAUACACGGCAGAUACAGAGAGAGCACUCAUCUGUCUGUCUGUCUGCCCAACACACAUGUCUGCUCAUGUUCUUACCGGCCAUUUUGGUUUCGAAGUAGAAGAGUCCCUCCGCCUGCGACUUGUGGUAGAUGACGUCGCCUGCGGGGUCGGUGAUCUGGAACUCCACGUCGGCCUGGUCCUCAUCGGCCGACACAAAGUAGCCCCCCCGGAUCAACACAGGCUUCUCGCCCACCUCCUCAUAGAAAUACUCGUCCGACCGCCCCGCCAGCUGGAAGGUCACCAGCAUCUCCGGCACGAAGUUCUGCAUCUGGGUCUCCCACUCCUCAAUCAAGCUGUCCUCGUGGAUGCCCUCGCCCUUGCCCCCCUCCCCACCGGCGCCCCCCUCGUGCAGGUGCACCUCGUCGUAGUCGUCAUGCUUCAGCUCGUCGUCCUCCACAAACGCCGCUGGCUUUGGCUCCUGCGGUGCCGGGUGGUGUGGUGGCGGCGGCUGUGGUGGCACCUGCUGCUGCGGUUGGUGCUGCUGAUAGUAAGAGGCCGGGUCAUAGGCCUGCUGUGGUGGUUGCUGCUGAUAGGCAUAAGGAGGCUGCUGUGGCGAGCCUGGAGGGACAGGCCGCUGGGGCAGAGGGGGAGGGGGUGGGGGAGGGGGCUUGGCUUGACCAUAGGGCACCUGCUGCUGUGCAGGUGGUGCAGGGGGAGGUUGGCCUUGCUGCUGCUGCCCUGGCUGUGGCGGCUGUUGAUACACCUGCUGCUGACCGGGUGGGGGAGGGGGAGGGGGAGGCGGUGGUGGCUGGCCGACGCCACCAGGUCCCCCCUGUGGCGGCAUGCCGCCCGCCUGCUGACCCUGGGGCGGCAUCUGAUAGGCAUACUGAUACGGAUAGCCGCCACCCGGUGCUGGAGGUACCCCUCCUGGAACACCUUGAGGCGGCUGUGGCGGCUGCUGCUGCGCAUAAUUGACGCCUCCCAUGUCUGGCGCACCAUAUGGUGGCUGCUGCUGCCCUGGCUGUGGCGGGGGAGGCGGGGGAGGGGCUCGUGGAGGCGGCGGCCCGCGUGGGACUUGCGCUGUUGAAUGCAACACGAGAGUGAGACUCAAGACGAAAGUAAGAGCCACAUGCUUCGUCAUAGAUGCCUCCCUCGGCGGCCUUCUCGAAGCUUGACAAGGACCGUCGGGAUCACUUCCUGGUCUCCACAUCAUCUCAAUGCUUGGAUCCAAUACGCCAUAAUGACCAUGGAACGCGCUGUUCUCUGCCACCGCUUUUGUUGCUCGAG